CUGCGCCAUUUUGUUUCGUCUGAGAAAGUAAACGCUCUUCAUCGCGCUCUGUAAAAUUCGGUGAGUGUACGCGGGGUAGAGAGAGAGAGAGAGAGACUCGUCCGUCUGCUUCCACCGUAACGUUCUCACAACCUGAAAACAUGUCAGACUCGUCGACAGCAGACGUGGGGCCUGUGGAGGCGGGCGUUCGUAAAUUAUCGGAGCUGAGAGUGAUCGAUUUGAAGGCCGAGCUGAAGCGCCGAAAUCUCGACAUCAGCGGCAAUAAGAGCCUGCUUUCAGAAAGACUCAAAAAGGUCAUUGAAGAAGAGGGCGGGAAUCCAGAUGAGAUCAUUGUACACCUAGAGAUAACUCCUAAAAAAACACCUCGGCGAACUCCAAAAGGAAAGAGACCGGAUGAACCUGAUGAACCUGAAGAUUGCACCCUUGAGGAGGACUCUGUUGAUGGCCAGGAGGACCUGGAUGCUAUUCCAGAGAACCUUCAUGAGAUGGAUAUUAUGGACAUGAAUGUCCUGGAUGAAGCUGAUAUGGGCAAUGGAGGUGGGCCUGAUGGAGAUGAAUAUGACGAGGAGGUUCUAGACACAUUGUCGAAUGAAGAGAACACCGACAACCUGAGGGAGGAUGAUACAAAUGACAGUGACGUGGAGGAUGUCUGUGGUGAUGUCAUGAGUAAAUCUGGGGAGGAGGAGGAAAUGGAGCCUAAUGACGCAGAUGUGGAUGAGAACCAGGAAGCGCCUUGUCAGCAGGGGGAUGAUGGUGAGCAUGGAUGCGAGGACACAAAAAGUGAAAAAGAAAGUGAGAAAGUAGCCGGGUCUUGUAUAUCAGAGCCACUUAAGGAAGACGCCACUGAAGAGCCGACUGAAGACGAGAAAUCUUCAGUCUGGGAUUCUCACAAAGAGGAAGACAAUGUGCAGGACCUCGCUAACACCGAGGAGGCCACCAAUUUGGAAGCAGAAUCGUCAGCCUGUGAAAUGGACGUUGAUGCAUCAAAGCAAAGUGAAAUUGAAUCAACAAGCAAGGACCAAGAAAACAUUCAGGACAAUUUGGGGGACACCGAGAGCACUUCUGCUCAGGCCACUAAUGCUAGCGAAACAGAUUUGUGCGAUAUCGAAAGCGCAGUUGAUUCGGAAAGGGCAUCUAAAGGAGAAGCGGUCGAGGAAUGCAAGAAGACUGAACCUGCUGAGUCUUCAGAAGUGAAAGAGUCCUCUGUAGAGGGUGAUGAUCAGAAAAAGAGUAGUGAUGAGGAUACAUCAAGCAAGCCUGACUCGAAAGAUGAUAAAGGUAGCGCAGCUGCUAGCGGAAGGAACCUCUGGGUCAGUGGACUCUCUUCAACCACCAGAGCGACCGAUCUAAAGAAUCUGUUUAGCAAAUAUGGCAAGGUUGUUGGUGCUAAAGUAGUAACAAACGCCCGAAGCCCAGGUGCUCGCUGCUAUGGCUUUGUUACGAUGUGCUCUACUGAGGAGGCCACAAAGUGCAUCAGCCAUCUGCACAGAACUGAGCUGCACGGCCGGAUGAUUUCAGUUGAAAGGGCUAAAAACGAGCCUGCCGGAAAGAAGCCUGCUGACAAAAGCGAUACCAAAAAGUCUGGCAGUGACAGAAGACACUCUUCAGACUCUAAGACAGAAAAAUCUGAGAACAAAGAGGAGAAGUCUGAAAACUCUGAUGGAAAAGAGCCAGGAGGAGAGAGGACUGUCGUGAUGGACAAGUCAAAAGGAGAGCCAGUCAUCAGCGUGAAAACAAAAAGCAAAGAACGAAGCACUAAGAGUCGUGACCGUAAGUCCUCCAGCAAGGAGAGGAAGGACAUUUUGUCGUUUGACCAGAUCAAAGAGCAGAGAGAGAGGGAGCGUCAAAGGCAGAGAGAACGAGAGAUUAGAGAGGUGGAGAGACGCAGACACUCUGGUGAGCGAGACCGCGACAGCCGUUCGGAGCGAGAGCGUAUCCGCCUCUUCAGGGAGCGGGAGGAGAAGGAGAGGUUGAUGAAGAAGCGCAACUGGCUGGAGGUGGAGAAGCAGCGACUGAAUUCCGAUCGCAUGGAGCGCGAGUUUCUGGAGCGCGAACGUCUCCGAAUAGAGUUCGAGCGGCGGCGUGAACAGGAGCGCAUUCAUCGUGAGAGGGAGGAGCUGAAGCGACAACAGGAACAGCUACACUUUGAACAGGACCGACGUCCCCUUAAGAGGCCUUAUGACAUGGAUGGAAGAAAAGAUGACUGGCAGAUGAAGAGAAUGAACAUGGAUGAUCGCUAUGGACGGUCGGAUUUGGGACGUCAAGAUCGCUACCAAGACUUUGACCACAGAGACCGCAGCCGCUCUCAGGAUGACAUGAUGAUGGACAGGAGAGACAACCGAGGCGGGAUGCAAGGAGACCGAGACAACCAGCACUUUUCAAAUCGGGAAAGACAUGGCAGGGACAAUCGUGUCAAUUGGGGUGGCAGCUUUGACAAGCGUGGAAUGAAUCCUUCAAGGCCAGUGCCAGGCGGUCGUGACAACCGAGACUGGGAGCCUGGACGUAAAAUGGACGGGGACAGAAACUGGCAAGGAGCAGACCGAGGUGUCCCGGGACAGGGUCAUAUGGCACGGGGUGGAAUGGCAAGCCGAGGUGGAUACAUACAGACAGGGCCGUCCCAGUCACUCUCUGGAGCCUUAAACCGACCGAAUCAGGUGAUGCAAGGCAGCGGAAUGCAGGGAGGCGGAGCCUUUGGUCGACGAUAUUAACUUAAAACCUCUUCCCUUGUGUAUCUGUUGUGUGUAAAGAAACUUUGCCGCUUGUACAUUGCCAAUCAGGCUUUGUAAUUGUAUUUUUUAAGUCCUCUUUUCUUUUCAUGGUGUAAAGACGAACAGAAAAUUGGUUACAUUGUGUAAGAUUUUUUUCAAUAUUUUUUUCUCCAUUCCACAUCUUUAGAUUUUAGUCAUUUUUGUUGUUGGUGAAUGCUCAGGAAUGUUUUGCUAAAAUGAAACCUCUUUGACACCAUGAACUUGAUGUUCCCUUGUUUUUGUUUUUAUUAAAAUAUUGUGGAAUUUUCUGUAGGGAAAGGUACUCUCGUUUAAUUAUGAUGCACAUGUUAGCAUCGUAUUGCCAUUAGGUGGCGCUCUUAGUCUAAGCAUUAUUAGAGGAAUUGAAGAAUGCUGGCAGAGUUAUGAGAAUGCAAGUAUAUAUAUUUUUUUUUUACAUUUUCAGAAAAAUGAUGCUACAUAUUAAGUUGCAUAUGUUAAUUUCGUAUUUGAGGUUUGCACUAUCAAGCACAGCUUAAUAAUAUGUGGCAUCUCUCUGUAGUCUUGGUUAGAGUGUUAGAUGUAUUGCGUUUCUAAACUGAGCAAACAGAUGGCAUUACCAUCAUUUCCACCAGCCAAUUGCUCAAUACAUCUUGAUUAUUCAGAGCAUGACUUUCAUUGUGUAGGAGGACUGGUUUUUAAUAAACCAUUAUAAAUAA